UCGCUAGUGCCUUAUACAUGAUACGUCACAUUUUAUCAAACAUUGACAAAGAAUUAUAGGAAGAAUUUGUAAUAACAUCUAUUUGUGCCAUGGAAUAUUGGUCGAUAUUAUUAUCGGUAGUCAUCGGUGUGAUCAGCAUUCAUUAUCUUUUCAAAAAUUUUAAUUUCUUUACAAGAAAUGGUAUUAUACAAGUGCCGUCUGUUCCAUUACUUGGAUCCACGACGUCGGUUGUACUUCGACGAAUAUCAUUUUAUGACUUCAUGUUGAAGAUAUACAAUUUCAAUCCAAACGCAAAGUAUUAUGGACUAUUCUUCACGACAACUCCAGUCUUCUUCCUUCGCGAUCUGGAACUCAUUAAGACUGUUCUCGUCAAAAAUUUCGAAGCAUUUCCAGAUCGUCGUGGUUUCACCGAUUUCAACGAUUCUUUAUCUCAGAAAAAUUUGUUUUCUCUUCACGGGGAAAAAUGGCGACACGUGAGAAAUCUGCUAAGUCCUUCUUUUACUUCUAGUAAAAUGAAAAUGAUGUUCACGUUGAUGUCUGAAUGUGCUGUGGAUUUUGCAAAAUCUAUAUCGACAUCAGCGGAUAAAGGCAGUAUAAACAUGAAAGAUGUCUGCUCUAGAUAUACGAAUGAUGUCAUCGCUACAUGUGCAUUUGGAAUUAAAGUCAACUCUAUGAAGGAUCCAACGAAUAAAUUCUAUAUUUACGGCAAGGAGGCGACUAACUUUGGAGGGGCCAUUCGCGCUCUAAAGUUCUUUUUUGUUGGAACGUUUCCAAGACUAGGGCGAAUUUUUAAAAUCAAAUUAAUGAAUGAUGAUGUGUCAAAUUUCUUUACAAACAUUAUAAGAACUACAAUCGCCACUCGUGACGCAGAACACAUUACACGUCCGGAUAUGUUACAGUUAAUGAUGGAUAUUAGAGGCAAAGAAGGUCGUAGAGAUCUAGACAUCGACGAUAUGACUGCGCAAGCGUUCAUUUUUUUCCUUGGUGGUUUUGAGACCAGCUCAACCGUAAUGUGCUUCGCAGCUCAUGAAAUUGCAGCUAAUCCAGAAAUUCAGACUAAAUUACAACAAGAGAUCGACGACGUUUUGCAAAAGUCGAAUGGAGAUGUAUCUUACGAAUCUAUUAAUCGACUUGAAUAUUUAGAUGCGGUGAUAUGUGAGGCUCUUAGAUUAUAUCCACCACUUCCAGCUUUAGAAAGGAAAUGCGAAAAAACUUUUGAGUUACCACCCGCAUUACCGGACGAGAAACCUUUUAUAAUGAAGAAAGGUAUGCUUGUUUGGAUUCCUGUUCUUGGAAUUCAUCGUGAUGAAAAAUAUUACGAUAAUCCGGACAAAUUUGACCCAGAAAGAUUUUUAAACAACAAGAUGCACAAUUCUUCGAGUUAUAUGCCAUUCGGAUUAGGACCGAGAAUGUGCAUAGCUAACAGGUUUGCAUUGCUGGAAGUCAAAGUCUUGCUGUUUCACUUAUUAGCACGAUGUGAGCUGAAACCUUCUGCAAAAACUACAUCCCCAUUAAAAUUUGUCAAAGAUUUCAUGUUAAUACCGGAAAAUGGUUUCUGGUUGAAUGUUCAGCGUAGGAAAAACAUGCAUCCUGCUAUGGAGUCUGAACUAAUGGAAAGCUAAUAAAAGACAUUUCAAAUGGAUGAACUGUGUUAUGUACGAACAAGUAUUAUGAAACAUUGUAAUGAUUCAUUUCGACCAAAAAAGAAUUCUCC